GGCACCUCCGAUGCUGCAGGGGGCGAUGAAACCAGCGUCGCUUGCUCUUCAUGUCACGCUCGACUUGCGUGCUGCUGCUUCCAGGUCAAAGGUCAGGCGGUCCGGCGCGGCGUGGGCCAUGGUGCAGCUUCGGCCGCGCGCGUCCCGCACCCCGGCGUCGGCGUCGGCGAUGGUGGACGAGGGACAGCCCACCUCGGAGGAGGAGGCGGAGCACGGCCUGCUGCUCGGGCAGCCCAGCAGCGGCGCCGCCGCCGAGCCGCUGGAGGAAGACGAGGAAGGAGAUGACGACUUUGACGACGAGGCCCCGGAGGAGCUGACUUUCGCCAGUGCCCAGGCGGAAGCGAGAGAAGAGGAGCGGCGAGUUCGGGAGACGGUGCGCAGGGAUAAAACACUCCUGAAGGAGAAGAGGAAGCGACGCGAGGAGCUGUUCAUCGAACAAAAGAAAAGGAAACUCCUGCCAGACACUAUUCUAGAGAAGUUAACUACAGCUUCACAGGCUAAUAACAUAAAGAAAUCACCAGGAAAAUUAAAAGAAGUUAAUUUGCCAAAGAAAAAUGAAGAAUGUGAUAAAGGAAGUGACUCCAAGAAAGCUAAGGAAAAAGUACAAAAAGUACAGUCUGUUGGCCAGAAUAAAAGCUACUUGGCUCUAAGGCUAAAAGAUCAAGAUCUGAGAGAUUCAAGGCAACAAGCAGCUAGAGCCUUCAUACAAAGUUCUUUAUAUGGUCCAGGAACCAACAGAACUACUGUAAAUAAGUUCCUGUCUCUUGACAACAAGAGGUUACCAGUGAAAAAGGCUGCAGCCCAGUUUUUAAAUAAUGCUUGGGGAAUCCAGAAAAAACAAAAUGCCAAGAGGUUUAAAAGACGGUGGAUGGUCAGAAAGAUGAAAACUUCUAAGAAGUAAAUCAAAGCUAAAUGAAGAAUGAGAGCUUUGUAUUUUAUAGGACUUAUAGUUUAGAAGAUUAAUUUGUCAUUUAGAAAUCUAAUAAAUCAUUUAUAAAUCAUUUUAAA